ACUGAUCUUUAAAGAAGUAUCAUAAUUAUAUUGAACAACCAUGGCUAUUUUAAAUUCUAAUCCCGAAAUACUCUUACGUAAGAGAAAGAAUGCUGAUAGAAAGAGGUUGGAGAAACAAGAACAAGCUCGUGAAAAGGCUGUUACCCAAAAGAAAAUCAAGAAAAAGCAACAAGAAAAUAAAUUUAUUAGAGCUGAAACUUUAGUAAGUAACCACAAAUCAAAUGAAUUAGAAAAGAAGAGAAUCAAAAACUUGACUAAGAAGAAGCAACAAGUUUUAUCCGAAGAAGAAACUCAAGGUAAUGCCAAAUUAUUAUUCCUUAUCAGAAUCCCAAAUCAUACCAAGGGUUUAAAGAUUCCAACCAAAGCUAACCAAUUAUUAACAGUCUUGAAAUUAACUGAAGUAAAUACCGCUGUGUUUGUCAAGGCCACCCCUACAGUUAUGGAUAUGUUAACCUUGAUCGCUCCAUAUGUUAUUGUCGGUCAACCAUCAUUAAACUCUGUGCGACAAUUAUUUCAAAAGAGAGCUCGUAUCCUUGUUCCAGAUGAUGAAAAUCCAGAAUCUACCAAGGUUGCCAAACUUGACACAAAUCAAUUAGUUGAAGAUCAAUUUGGUAAUGAUUUAGGUCUUAUCUGUAUUGAAGAUUUGGUCCAUGAAUUAACAUCCCUUUCUGACAAUUUUGUUGCCAUUACUAGCUGGUUAUUACCAUUUAAGUUGAACCCACCAGUAAAUGGAUGGGGUCCUCAAGCUAAAUUGGCUAAGUUGCUUCAUUCCACUGAUAAUAAACAAAGUAUUAGUCUUGCUCAAGAUUUCAAAUUGCAAGAAGUUGAAGAUAUUGACAAGAUUAUAGAACAACAGAAUUAGAAUAGAUUUCAUAGCAUUAAUAAAAAAAUUUCACAUUUCUAUAUAGCUUACAUUUCUACAAGAUAUUCUACCAAAUCUCAUAUAUUCC